GAGUUGUGGUCCCGGGGGCGGAGACACGCGGCCGCCAGGCGGAGGUUUGGACCGCGGAUCUAGGCGGCGGUGGCCGAGGUCGGGCCGGGCGGCGCAACCGGCGCAACGGGGCGCCACCGAGGUGGUGAUGGGCAAGGAGGAGGAGGAGAUUGCGCGGAUCGCCCGGAGGCUGGACAAAAUGGUGACCAGGAAGAGCGCGGAGGGAGCCAUGGACUUGCUGCGGGAGCUAAAGACCAUGCCUGUGACACUGCACUUGCUCCAGUCCACCCGUGUUGGGAUGUCUGUCAAUGCCCUGCGGAAGCAGAGUUCGAACGAGGAGCUCAUUGCACUGGCCAAGUCCCUCAUCAAGUCCUGGAAGAAGCUCUUGGAUGUUUCUGAUGGCAAACCCAGGGAUCAACGGAGGGGCACACCUUUGCCCACAUCGUCCUCAAAGGAUGCCUCAGGGACUACGGAUUUCAGCUGCAAGAGGCCAAACCCACCUGGGACCUCAUCCACUCCGAGGAUCACCACCUUUCCAGCAGCGCCCACCACCUGUGAUGCUGUACGGAACAAAUGCCGUGAGAUGCUGACUUUGGCCCUGCAAGCGGGGCACGGCGACGUGGCUGUCGGUGUGGACUGUGAGCAUCUGUCAGCUCAGAUUGAGGAGUGCAUCUUCCUGGAUGUGGGAAACACAGACACGAAGUACAAGCACCGCAUACGGAGCCGAAUCUCCAACCUGAGAGAUGCCAAGAACCCUAGGCUCCGGCGGGAUGUGCUGUGCGGGGCCAUCACACCCCAGCAGAUCGCUGUGAUGACAUCAGAGGAAAUGGCCAGCGAUGAGCUAAAGGAGAUCCGCAAGGCCAUGACUAAGGAGGCCAUCCGUGAGCACCAGAUGGCCCGUACGGGUGGCACCCAGACCGACCUGUUCACCUGCAACAAGUGCAAGAAUAACAACUGUACCUACACGCAGGUGCAGACCCGCAGCUCUGAUGAGCCCAUGACCACCUAUGUUGUCUGCAACGAGUGUGGGAAUCGAUGGAAGGGGUCACGUGGGGCCUUAGCCAGACAUUUCCCUGCCUUCCUGCAGUUCUGCUGAGCCCUGCAGUCUUGGCCCUGGCUAACACUGUCCCUCCUGCAAUGUCCUUGGUGGAUACAGCUUCUCUGGAGAUCCCCCAGAAGGUGGCAUGCCCUGUCCCAGCCUGCC